UAAGCUUGGCGAAUACCAAAGAGAACACGAAGACGCAGCCACAGACAUGCCGGCCUACGUCUCAAAUCCCAUUAACGCAUAUCUGCUGACAAAACGAUUGACCACCGAUUGGCGGCAGGUGGAGAAUUUAAUGGCGCACGAUGUAGGCGUCGAAUUCCUCACUAAUAUUACCAACUAUCGACAUGUCCUGAAGUUUCCCUCAGAUGAGGACUUAAAUGGUGCGGCAGUGGCGUUAAUGCGUUUACAAGACACCUAUAAGCUAGAUACGUCCAGUGUGGCACGUGGCAUGCUCAACGGCAUACAGUACAGUACGGCAAUGUCUUCAGAUGACUGCUUCGAGUUGGGUCGCCAAUCUUAUGUCAAUCAUGAUUAUUACCACACAGUUUUAUGGAUGAAUGAGGCAAUGACACGCCUCCAAGAGGAACCACACAAUCAAACACAAACUUUCACACGCGCCGAUAUUUUGGAAUAUCUGGCAUUUUCCACCUACAAACAAGGUAACGUUGAAAGCGCACUCACGAUGACUAAUGAACUGCUAGAAUUAACACCCGAUCAUGAACGCGCUCGUGGUAAUAAGGUGUUCUACGAGAAGGAAAUUGCCGAGCUUAAAGCUGAAAGUAAAGUUAAAGGUGACGAUGGCAGUGACAGCACACCGGUCUCCGACUUGCCCAUCAGCAAAGGCGAUCCCAGCUUAUAUACUUUCAACGAGCGCAAAUCUUACGAAAUGCUUUGUCGUGGCGAACUGAAGCCGUCGCCAGCGGAUUUGCGUCCAUUGCGCUGUCGCUAUGUGAAUAAUAACGUGCCGUUCCUGCGUUUAGGACCACUUAAACUCGAAGAAGCCUACUUGGAUCCAUACAUUGUGAUCUAUCAUGACGUAAUGCGAGAUAACGAGAUUGAGUUGAUAAAGAAGAUGGCACGUCCACGCUUCCGUCGCGCUACGGUACAGAAUUCGGUGACUGGUGAAUUGGAAACCGCUAAUUAUCGUAUCAGUAAAUCGGCUUGGUUACGCACAGAAGAGCACGAGAUCAUUGAGAAUAUUGUGCAACGCACGGAGGAUAUGACGGGUCUAGAUAUGAGCGUGGCGGAAGAAUUGCAAGUUGUGAACUAUGGCAUAGGGGGACACUAUGAACCACACUUUGAUUUUGCAAGGAAAGAUGAAGUUCGCGCUUUCCAAGGGCUCAAUACUGGCAACCGCAUUGCAACGGUGCUCUUCUAUAUGAGCGACGUAGAACAAGGUGGCGCCACCGUCUUCACAAAUAUACGUAUUGCUUUGUGGCCCAAGAAGGGAUCGGCCGCUUUUUGGUACAAUUUGCACAAAUCCGGUGAAGGCGAUUACAGAACUCGUCAUGCCGCCUGCCCCGUUCUUACAGGCUCUAAAUGGGUUUCCAACAAAUGGAUACAUGAACGAAAUCAAGAGUUCCGUCGCCCUUGUGGACUUGAACCUGAUCAUGGCGAAUUUGCAAUCUAGUGCAAAUUAAAAAAAUAUACAAAACAACAAUAGAAGCUUAAAUCAGCAGAUUGAUUGGACUUGUUAUCAGUACUUGUACUCGGACUUAGCUGACAAUUUCUAAACAAACUAACUUAUUUUACAAGCUCUAUGGUUCAGCUUUAUUUUCUUAUACACAUUGAACUUGUUUAAAACCAUUUUAGAAUCUCUGCCGAAAAUUGUGUGCAAUGAACUCGUUAGAAAAUUCGAAUUUAAAUUGAACGCGGCAUUCAAAAAAUAUUCACCAUUCACCAGCAGGGAUGUAUUUAGACAAUAUGAAUGGAUUCAUCCGAGAAAUUCGAUAUGCCAUUUUAUAAAUGCCGAAAAUUUCCGGAGUGCUAUCCGGACUGCACGUAAAUUUAGUGAAUUUAGAUGCUUAAUUGUUAAGUACUUUUUUUAUUCUACUUAUAUGUGUAUGUAUGUAUUUAGUUUUCAUAUGAAAUUUUAUAAAUUAUGUAAAUAUAGAAUGAAUUAGAAAUGUUUUAAAA